CUGCUCAGCCAAUCAGCGCGCAGUCUGCGGUGCGGCGCUGCGGAGCGACACGGACUGUAUAAAGAGCAGGGACCGGGCAGAAUGGGGCGUGAAGUCGAGACAUGAACUCCGGUAACUUACUCACGUCUGUUAGUUAAGUGCAUCAUCAGCCAUGCCUGUGACAUCUCAGCUGCUCCGGUGUUUGCCACGCGCCAAGGUCUUGGCCUCCACUCUGUUACCAUGCCAACAACACAGGUCCCACAUGUGGCACAGUCAGCUGCACUCAAGAAGUUACCGGACAGCCUCCGUCCUCCGCAGCUACAUCCUCACGCCCCCACAGGUCAACUCCAUCCUCAAAGCCAACGAGUUCAGCUUUAAGGUGCCAGAGUUCGAUGGGAAGAAUGUGUCUGCGGUGAUGGGUUUUGAGAGUAAUCAGCUGCCAGCCAACGCCCCCAUAGAGGACCGACGCAGUGCAGCCACAUGCCUGCAGACACGAGGAAUGCUGCUGGGUGUGUUCGAUGGCCAUGCUGGCUGUGCCUGUGCACAGGCGCUGAGUGAGAGGUUGUUUUACUACAUAGCCGUGUCUCUGCUGCCCCACGACACACUUUGUGAGCUCGAGGCAGCAGUAGAGGCCGGCAGGGCCCUCAGUCCCAUCCUGCAGUGGAACAAACACCCCAAUGACUACUUCAGCAGAGAGGCUCAGACGCUCUACUUCAACAGCCUGCGGACCUACUGGCAGGAGCUAAUCGAUCUCACCAGCCCCGGUGAGAUUCCAGACACCAGUGAGGCAUUGCUGAGUGCUUUCAAGAGGCUGGACAAUGACAUUUCUCUGGAGGCUCAGGUCGGAGACCCGAAUGCUUUCCUUCACUACUGGGUGCUGAGAGUGGCCUUUUCUGGAGCAACGGCUUGUGUGGCUCACAUCGACGGAUCAGACCUGUAUAUAGCAAAUGCAGGAGAUGCUCGGGCAGUGUUAGGGGUGCAGGAGGAGGAUGGCUCAUUCAGUGCUCACACGCUCUCCAACGACCACAGCGCCCAGAACGAGGAGGAGGUGUCUCGGAUACGGGGUGAACACCCUCCAUCAGAGAGGAAGACAGUUAUACGACAGGACCGGUUGCUUGGCCAACUCAUGCCGUUCCGUGCAUUCGGGGAUGUAAAGUUCAAGUGGAGCAUUGAAUUGCAGAAGCGCGUGUUGGAGUCUGGACCUGAUCAGCUCCACGAAAAUGAACAAACCAAGUUUAUCCCCCCCAACUAUCACACACCACCCUACCUGACGGCUGAGCCCGAGAUCACACACCACAAACUGCGGCCGCAGGACCGCUUCUUGGUGAUCGGCUCUGACGGCCUUUGGGAGACACUCCACAGACAGGAGGUGGUUCGCAUUGUGGGGGAGUAUUUAACCGGAGUGCACCAGCGUCAGCCGCUCAAAGUGGGAGGCUACAGGGUCACCCUGGGGCAGAUGCAGGGGCUCCUCGAUGAGAGGAAGGCCAGGGUGUCUUCGGCUUUUGAGGAUCAGAACGUGGCGACCCACCUGAUGCGCCACGCGGUGGGAAACAACGAGUUCGGCACGGUGGACCACGAGAGGCUGUCAAAAAUGCUGUCGCUGCCCGAGGAGCUGGCCCGCAUGUACCGUGAUGACAUCACCAUCAUCGUCGCUCAAUUCAACCCUAAUGUGAUUGGAGCACAGACACAGGAAGGGCAGUCCUGAGCAGUUCAAAAGCUACUCACUGGUGUCACAACGACGAGAACACACACUCAUGUACAGUAAAUGUGAGCUGCAGAUCCACACGUAAGCACACGCUGUGGACAAACGGGCAAUACUAAAUUAAUAUCAGAGCUAAUCUGUUUUACUCUAUUUAUGUACAGAAUUUGUAUGUUUUUAUUCUCUGCUACAGAAGAUCUGGUUUCUUAUGUUAAGUCAAAGACAUCUCUUUUAAAUCUGGAUCGAAAUCUCUUAAAUAACAUGUUAUUUAUUACAAUAUUCUCCCAUCAACCGACUCAUACACUCUCAUCUCCGAGGCUGAUGAAAGGCUGUUACUAACUGAUUUUGUGCCAAAAUUGUCAACCUCCUCGUUUUACCAAAAGACUCGGCGCAAUUGAAAAUACAGAAAUUCCAAAGAGGGUGAAUGUUGGGACUCAACAAGUAAAGAGGCCUUUCAGCAUUGACCCAUAACUUGUCUGUGCUAUGACGGUAACACACUCUCUUUUUCUGUUGUCUGGUUUUGACAUAUGCUUCCCAGGCACAAUCGUUUUCACUUUCACUUGCUGAAUUGUAGGGAAUGAUGUUACAACAGAGACUGUUGCAUCCAUUUUUCUUUGUGUCGUUGUCAUGAGAUUUUUACUUAGUACCAUUCAAACACACAUUUUGUUCAAUAUUUAACCCUUGAGUAUUGAGUAUUUGGAUGACGUUGACUCCAGCACACUGGAUUUCAAGUUGAAACUGUGACUGUUAAGUUAAGUGCCGACAUUCACAUCCAUUUUGGGUCAUCAGUGCAGAACCCUGAAAGUUUAAAAGUCUGGACCUUAAUAUCAUUGUUCAGAAAGUUCCCAGCCUCUGUGGCGCCAAAGAUGCUUCCCAAGAUUAAAGGUCACAUGACGAUUUUAGUGAAGAGAGAUAAAAGGAUUCUGUUACACAAAAUUGUACCUGUUUCGUCAACUAUUUCUAUGUAAUGGUAAUUACCUCUUUACCGUAUACUUUCACCGCUUUUGAUUUUUAAAAAACUCUUUAAAAUGACAUGACUGAGAAGAAAUGUGUUUUAGCUGCUUGCGGCUCGUGUUUGGAGCAGCAAGCCACAACCUGUACCUGGAGGCAACUCAAAUAGACGAGGCUUCAUUUUAAAAGGUCAAAAGCCAAAAAGUUUGAACCACUGAGCUGGAGCUGAUUUUUGUUUCCAACCCAGUUGCUGGAGUACCAGGCAAAAACAAAUACUAUCCGAAUAUUUACAGUGCAAGUAAUGAACUCUACAAGUGUAGGUAGACUGAUGUGUACUGGACUAUGAGUAAAAUGACAGUUUGUAUUUCUCGGGUUAAAAGGGACACAUGUUGCCUUAUGUUCUUUUUUCUGGCAGGUCAUUGGCGUUGUGGGUAGCUUCUUAAAUAUUUUAAUAUUCAUGACGGCAAUGGGGAAAGUGGAUGCACACCGCACUCCCAUCACUCUCCAGUUAAACACCAUUCACAGGCGUGUGUGUGUGUCUGUGUGUGUGUGUGUUCACGCCCCAAAUGAAUGAGCAGAAUGUAAAUAUGAAACGGGCUGUUUGAAUAUUAUUAAAAAGUUAUUUUAUUGAGCUUCAGCGUUAAGUUACACAUGUUCAUCUACAGUUGUAUGUAUAGAUUGUAAUUUAUGUGGAUUACAUUUUGUAUAUGGAAUGGUUUAAUAAAACACUGAAUACACACCA